AUGACGUUGAACCGUAAACCCAGGUUUUGUCUGGCAGCUUCCGCUGUCACUGACGCGUGCCGGAACGGGGCAGGCUAUCCUAACUUGUCUGCUAAGCUCCUCGGCACCCACGAGCGACAACCAGUCACCCGACAAUCUGCAACCUCACUCAAACAUCGCAUCCAAUCCAUGCCUGUUUUAUUGGACGCUGAACACUCACUCAAUAUCACCGUUUGCUGGUUCUCAGUUUUAUUUUUUUAUUUCUCUUCUUUCCCCGGAAUACAUCCAUUCACGCAUCCCCUAACAAAAUCAAACCCAUAUAUCAAUCAUUCCUUACCACUCUAUGUAUUCAUCAAGUUUUAUGCUUCCAUUAUAUCCUUCACUAAUUCAUUCACUCACAUAAUCUUACAUAAGUUUUCUUUUUCACUCAUUCUUUCUUUCUUCCUUUCUUUCUUUUUCCUUUCUUUCUUUCUUUCUUUCUUUCUUUCUUUCUUUCUUUCUUUCUUUCUUUCUUUGCAGUGUCUAUUCUUUUAUCUUUCCUUUAUUCAUUCAAUCAACAAUACCUCUUCAAUGUCUUUCUUUCUUUCUUUCUUUCUUUCUUUCUUUCUUUCUUUCUUUCUUUCUUCUCAGUGUCACUUCUUUUAUCUUCCUUUUAUUCAUUCAUUUCUUUUACAAUUCCUCUUCAAUGUCUUUCUUUCUUUCUUUCUUUCUUUCUUUCUUUCUUUCUUUCUUUAA